GCCACAGGCCACCCCCCAUCCCCGUCUCUCUCUGCCCCCAGGAGGAGCGAUCGCGGAGUGAGCACAACCUAGUCAACAUCCAGAAAACACAUGAGCGGAUGCAGACAGAGAACAAAAUCUCCCCGUAUUACCGGACUAAGCUUCGUGGACUCUACACGACUGCCAAAGCUGACGCGGAGGCUGAGUGCAACAUCCUACGCAAGGCGCUGGACAAGAUUGCGGAGAUCAAAUCCCUUCUGGAGGAGCGGCGCAUUGCUGCCAAGAUUGCUGGGCUCUACAACGACUCAGAGCCGCCCCGCAAGACCAUGCGCCGGGGCGUCCUCAUGACCCUCCUCCAGCAGUCAGCCAUGACGCUGCCCCUGUGGAUCGGCAAGCCAGGGGACAAGCCGCCCCCGCUCUGCGGUGCUAUCCCCGCUGCCAGUGAUUAUGUGGCCAAGCCGGGGGACAAGGUGGCCGCUCGCGUCAAGGCUGUGGACGGGGACGAGCAAUGGAUCUUGGCCGAGGUGGUGAGCUACAGCCAUGCCACCAACAAGUACGAGGUGGAUGAUAUUGAUGAAGAAGGCAAAGAGCGUCAUACUCUGAGCCGCCGUCGCAUCAUCCCGUUGCCCCAGUGGAAGGCGAACCCUGAGACAGACCCCGAGGCGCUGUUCCAGAAGGACCAGCUGGUGCUGGCGCUGUAUCCCCAGACCACCUGCUUCUACCGGGCCCUGAUCCACACCCCACCCCAGCGGCCCCAGGACGAUUACUCGGUGCUCUUCGAGGACACGUCCUACGCGGACGGCUACUCCCCACCCCUCAACGUGGCCCAGAGAUACGUGGUGGCCUGUAAGGAGACCAAGAAGAAGUGAGGGGGUGGGGUGGAGCUUGGGGGCGCCCGUGAGUACAAUAAAGACUUCUCUGCCCCCCCCA